AUGGAGUUCAAAAACUGGAAUGUUCUCUCAUUUCUGAAUACCUAUACUGAACCAUGUCUGAGCUUCAGCUCAACAUGGUUGGAGAUUGACCCCAACUUCACCUUCCUGUGUGGGUUGGGAUUGCUUCUUCUGUUCCUGUGCUACCUGAUGCUUCCAUUUCCAACUUGGAAAACCAAACCCACCCAAAAGCGUCAGGGCAGAGCCAAGAGGAGGAGGAAAGGUGGGACUCGGAAAGGUUUCCCAGACUACAGAUGCUCCCAGAGAGAAGAUGAGGAAGCCCGGAAGCUGAUCUCUGCUUUAAGAAGCUUUGUACCUCCUGUCUCCUGCAGCCCCCUAGGCCGGCAUCAUGAUACCAUCCACUUUCAUCAACUGCUAUGUCCAGACCCCUCCUGUGAGGUGUGUAAUAGCACAACUGCUGAGAUCAAUCGGCUGCUGUUCCCGCAGGCCCUGGAAGAUGCUACUCCCUUGGCUUCCACAGCCCCUGUGACUUCCUCAUCGUUCACUCUCUCCCCUGACUCCUCAGCAGUCCCUCCAGGAGACCUAAUAUCAGCUUCUCUGCCUGAGCCUUCCCCACCACCUGCCUCCAUCUUCUCACCUAACCCAGUGACCCCCUUGGCUGACUUUUUUCCACCCUCACCACCGGGUGAUUCUUUGCCACCAGAGUCUUUUCCUCCCUUGGAUUCCGAAUUCCCAAAGGACAAUUUCCCACCCCAGUCCCUUGCCUUUCCUCCAAUCCCACCAAAUGAUGCUCAGACAGUGGAUCCUGUUGUCCAUCCAGAGGCCACUUUGUCUCUAAAUACUGAGACCUUUGCUUGUCAUAAUGCACCACCAACCCUGUCUGUUUCACCACCGCCAGACUGCAGUUUAACUAUGGCUCAAUCUAAAUCGAUUUCCAUCUCAAUGAAGCCUAUUCCAGAGAUCUCAUCUCCAGAUAGCUCUGGUGGGUUGCCUACUUAUGUCCCGACAAUCAUGGGCAUUAAUGCCUCCAGAUUGUCAAUUUUAGACUUCCCGUGGUGGCAAACUCAUGCCAAAGACUUCUGCCCUUCAACCUUGGCUCCAUAUAAUGUUCAUCACGAGUUGCUGGCCCUCCAUUCUGCAGAGGCUUCUUCCAGGGGAGACCCUGCAGCCAAGCUUGUGGAGCCUGCUAACCUCUCACUUCUCAACCCUGAUGUCCUGGCACUCCUAGAGAAACAAGUCCAAAAGAGGAGUGACUUCUGGAUGUGGAAGGAAAUGAAAAAGCGUUCUGUUCCAAAACAAACAACUGCUGAUAAACAUGACUUGGCAGUCCCCCUUCCUUUCUGGAGCAGCAAAGACCAAUCAAAGGAGCUGCAUGUGCAUCGGCAGCCCCCAUAUCCUACAACCACCUUAAAGGAGGGCCAUUUACAGCAAACCCCUAUCCAGCUCUUCUGGGGUCUCCCAACUCUGCAUAGUGAGUCCUUGUUCUCUGCUGCCCGUGUCUUGGACAAUUGUUCUUCCAUCUUUAUUUUUAACAGAAUCUCGAAUGCCUCCACAGAGCAGGAAUCCCCAGUAGUUCCCCAUCCUCUUCCUCUGUGCUUGCCUGAGAACCAGCCCCAACCCCAGCCCCUACCUAUCCCUCAGGUCCAGCCCCAGGCCCACCUUCAGUCCCCACUCCCAAUCCUGCCAUCUGGUCCUCUAACCCAGAUUAAGGUCUGUGGAGUGUGUUUCCACAGACCUGAGAAGGAAUCAGAGUCUCUCCUAUCAACUGAAAUGCAACAGCUGGAAUGGAACGUGUUGCAGAAGGAACAGGAAACUGUGUGGGGUUUACCCGCUGUUGUCCAAAGAUCCCAGGAGGACUUCUGUCCUUCAGCUCCUAACCCUUCUCUUAAUCACCGGGCCUCCCAGGCCCGUGUUGCAAUCUCUAUCCUUCCUGGGCAGUUUCCUCUCACUGAUGAGCUUCGAACAAAACUAGAGCGUCACCUUCGGAAGAGGCUCAUCCAACACCGGUGGGGCCUGUCCCGCAGGAUCUAUAAGUCUCUAUCACUGAUGAGUCCAAGUGUUUUCUCAGAGACCCCUAACUUGCAGCGCUAUCGUGGACGCACAUGGAUCUCUAAGAGGGAGAGUAAGUUGAGCGAAUCUGAAAGCUCUGAGGGGGACUCAGAAAUGAUUCAGCUAGAGGACGAUGACCUGGAGAAGGACAACGAUGACCUGGAGAAGGAUCAGGGACACAACCCAGAGAAUGGCCCAAAAGAUUAUCUGUUGAGUGACCCAGAGAGCUCUUCAGGUAAUGAUAUGGGGUAUGAUUCUGAAAAAGAACUUAGGAGCCCAUCAGAGAAAAACUCAACAGUGUCUGUGGAGACUUUAGGUCAGAGACAACUUGAAAAUGUCUUGAAAAUACAUUUGAGCAAAAAGUUUGAGGAAAUCAAUGAGGGUCAGCUCCCCGGGACUGUGCAUAAUUCAUGGCAUAGUAUGAAGCAGACAUUGCUUCGUUCUGAGAACUCCCACACUGAAAUAAAACAGAGAAGUUUGCCACCAUCAGAGGUUCAGGACUACUCCCUGAAUACCUUCCAGGAGCUUCCCUUUAUUAAAUCUAGUGCACAACAGAUGCUGGAAGCCCAUAUUAAAAGGUUUCGUAUGAGGAUGAUGUGGGGCCUUCCCCCCAGGGUCCUUGAAUCCAUAGAGCUCUUUAAACUGAUAAAGGACACAUCCCAUUCUAGCUUUUCCUCCUCAACCAACCUGAUUUCUGAGGUAAAUUCCAAACCUGGGGGCUUCAACUCCCUUAGAGGCAGCUCUAAAUCUCUCCAUGGAGACAAAGUGGGAACAGCAAAUUCAGCCCCCAUCCUGGAUCAUCCUCUCCCUGCCGCCUCAACUGUGGGCAAGGAAGAACAGAGAAUUCCGAGGCAAUCACCCUCUGCUUUCAACCAUGAGUUUGUAGAGGAUGUUCAGAAGAUUAAGGAUGGCACACAGACUCUUACACCUGUCAAACAUGACACCAGAGGCAACGGAUGGCCCCCAAAGCUGCCUGCAAGGCAAGCUGGGGCCAGACAUGAGCCAAAGGAUAAGAGUGCAAAUUCUAGGGGUAGAGGAGGAAUGCAACAGGGCAAAAAGAAGAAUCUAGAACCUGUCGUUGUGCCCACAGUGUCCAGGGAGAUAUUCAGGGCCAAGCAACUUGAUGCUCAUCAAUCACAAUCUAAUACCUUGACAACCAGCAAGCCAGUAAGCUCCCAAAUCAUAAAGGUGAAUGAUAAUAAAGUCAAAACUACCAUCCCCAUUAAAAGCCCCCCACCAAACCUAUCAAUUCCCCAAGAUCCUAAAUCCUCAAACCUUAAAGAACAACUGUUGUAUGAGUUAAAGUUUAAACUGGAAAACAGAGAGCAUAGCCGGGCCCAAGCCCAACGCACUGGCCUGCCCCCUGCCUCAGAGAGUUUGACUUACAAGGCCUCACUGACUUAUGCCCAGGGUGUCUCCAGUGGGGACAUGGGAGCUUCUCAGGUGCUGCAUGUCCAUCCAGAGGACACAGGAAUUAGUAUGGAACAGCAGCAGAAGCCUUGGGUCCCUAGGCAUGUCGUAAGGAAGUGCCAGAAUAAGAAUCUCCCACCAGCUGUGGUGACCAUGAGCCCUCCGGACUCCAAGGCACAAGAGCUUGGUGGAGGGGAUGCAGGACUGGGGACAUCCCAACUUAAAAGGAACAGUUUCCCUACUGAGGAUGAAAAGCUGGGAAGCAAGCCUUCCCAGACCCUAUCACAGAAGGGUCAGCCUCCUCCUGAAAGCCCGUUCAGAAAAAAAAUGAAGCAUUUUUUGCAAUGGCUUAAUCCAGGGAUAAAAUGCAAGAGGCAAGAAAACUCCCAGGAGAAGGGCAGCCCUCUAUCAUCUGUGGAAAGCAGAGGCCUACUUAAAGGUAGAACUGCCUUUACUGGGACAACCAAAGCUCAGAAAAUCAUGACAGACGUUGGGAAGUUCCUAAAAGAGAAAGUGGGGCGUUGGCAUGCAAUAGAUAGCACCUGCCCUCAACAGCCCAUUCCCUUCCCAACCAAGUAUGGGAAAACGCAGCAGGAAGCACAAGUGCAGGCCCAGGCACAGCCUGUCCAGGGGUAUCCUUUCAACUACAGGGCUCCCUCCUGUAAGGUGACAAAUACCAAGUCCUGCCACCAACAAGCUGUCUUUGCUGGCCAAGGCCAUACUGGAAGUAUUAGACAGAUCAGAGACAAGGACAGACAGCCCCAGAAAGCUGUGGCAUUUAAGGACCAGCGACUGCAUAACAAGUAUCCCCUAUCCAUGCCCCACAGGGAGCCUGCACCCCACCCACACGCCAUCUGCAGGCAUCAAGCUGGCCAGGGGGCCUCCGGCCACUCUCACCACUGCCGAAGGCACUGUGUUCAGAGAUCUGCCUCUACUAUUUAGACAGAAAACCCUUCUCCAGAAUUUCCAGGGGGGGAUAUU